AUGGCCAACUCUACGCCCGAGGGCGAUGUCUCGAAACCUCGCCCCAUCUGGACCCCUUCCGUACCGCAAGAUGAGAUUCCGAUGAAUAUAUACCGCGCACAUAUCAAUCGCAAAUUCCACCAAAAUCUCCAAUCUUCUCAAGAGCUACACCAGUGGUCCGUGGAAAACUUACAGGAUUUCUGGGUUGAUCUCCAUCAAUACACUGGCAUCAUACCAUCCUUACCCUCUCAUAUCACCACCGCAUUCGAUGCCACCACUCCUAUGGAGAAAGUUCCUGAAUUUUUCAAGGGUGCGAAGGUCAAUUAUGCUGAGAAUGUACUUUCCGGUCGUGAUUUGGAGAAAAGAGCCCUGAUCGGACUUCGCGAAGGUCAAGAUCUUAGCGGAAAGGUGUGGACGUGGGCUCUUUUGCGAGAGAAUGUGCGCAAAGCGAGAAGUGCACUGCUUCAGCUUGGUGUUCGAGAGGGAGAUCGAGUCGCGGCGGUUAUCUCAACUAGUGUUUGGUCGGUAGGCCUUUUUCUCGCUACGGCAAGUAUCGGCGCUAUUUGGACGAGUAUUGCGCCGGAUUUGGGUGAAGAGGUAAGAAAGGAGAUGAUAGGUAUCUGUCAAGGUGGAAUUUGUGAUCUGAUAAUUUGUUAG